AUGGCUGGCUUGCCGUAUUCACUUUGUGUCAUAUACUGCGUGAUGUUGUUUGAUUGUAUUUUAAAUUUAACUAAUAAUUUAAUUAAGUACUGGUGUUAAGAUUUUUUAAUUGAAAGGAAGAUGUCAAAUACCAAAGAAUUUUUUCUUUCUGUCACACAACGUAUUUUUAGCAAUUGGACUGCAUUAAGAAUGGCUGUGGAACAUGGAAUGGGAUUAAAAGAAAGAGCCAUAGAUUUCUGCCCUUACAUGACAGAGGUUAUGUAUAUGAAUGAAAAUCUAAAUAGCAGUGAAGUUGCUACUGAACUAGAAGAUUAUAUGGAAGAACAUUUUAACACUGAGCUUCAAGAUGACAGCGCAAUACAAGUUGCAGAAGAAUUAUUGAGGUUUUAUCAUUACUGCAUUGAAGGCAAUGAAAGUAUGGCAAUGACAGAGUUUGCAAAACUACCACCACUGCAGUCAUGGAUUGUCAUAAAUGAACCUGUGAUAAAAGUUCGUAGUUCACCUAUGGUAGAAGAUGAUAAUUCUGAAAGUGAAGCAGAAGCUUCUGGGGAUGCAAAGGUUGAUGAUGAAUGGACAGAAGUAAGAACUAGGCGAAAAAGAUAACUAGGACAUAACAUUCAGAAUGUUUGAGACAAAGGAACAUUACAAUAUCCAUUAUGAUCUGAAACAACAACUUCUUUUUUUUUAACUUUACUUGACCUCUCACUAGGGCCUGCUAAACUUAAAAUGGUUGGUAAGAACAAUAGUCCAUGGAACAGACCAAAUAUCACU